AUGGACCGAGGCACGCGAGGACCAUGUGCAACUCGGAGGAGCAUACCCGAAGGCUCCUGGGACUCGGAAUUAGGCUUGGCUUUUACGCCGGAUGGCGACAUAAAUGACUCCGACUCUGAUGACAAGUCUGGCUUUGAUGAAGAAUUCGAUCUUGAGCUUGACGACGACUGGGAACUUGACCUGGGGAGCAAGAAAGGCAAUGAUGGUGAUAAUGAUAUGGAAAGUCUUGCCGAAAUUGAAGAAGAACUGCGUACCUUUGCGUCCGACUCAGCUCCACUGCCAGAGGGUGAACUUGCUGAGCUGGAUGAGGUGGAUGAAGACGAUCCGGAAGCGUUGUUCGACGGCAAUGUCGCAUUUGACGAGUACUAUCGGAGAGGCAUGGACGCCACAGAUACAGAUAGUUUUAAGCGAAAGGAGUACACCAAAGGCACGGAGACUCUCAUAGCCAACACCGAGCGCAUGUGGGAAAGGAAGACGUUCAUUGUCCCGGAAAUACUCUAUGACCCGAGUCUACUUUUGAGCCCGCAUGUGUUCCUCCUGGCGAUUCUUUUUCGACGUCACGCCUUCAUGUUAGAGAGCCUGAAUGACAACCCGCAUAUGCUCAGUGAACUACACGUUCACCCCAGUGGCAACGAAUUGCCACUGAGUCUGAAAGACGAGAUCAAAGGCAGAUACAUCUUUCGACGUUGUGUCAAGACAAGUAUCGGCUUCUCCAUGAGCAACCAGCCUAUUAGCCAAGGAAUGAUGGGCGGGUGGGUGAAACGGAUCGGACUGCUACUGGGCUUCGAGCGUAAUACGAUCUGUUAUAGUCUCCGUUAUAUGGCAGGCAACAGUCUCGACCAACAUGGCUCGAUCAGUGAAGCCCUUCGCAAUCUGGUGCUGGACCACGCGCCUAGUUCAGACACCUUCCAGAAACACUAUCUCAAUCGCAACGUGUGUGCAGACUUAUGGGCGAUUCAUCGUGCCCAGGAGCCUCAGCAGGAGCUGAUAGCACAAGCCACAAGUCACGGGUCUUCGAGGAACUCACGGCGACCCAUCGGUCUCACUCGCAUACAAGCCAACGCGCUCAAGAACAACCCCCAAUAUGUUCGAUUGACAGAGCAACUGUCUCAAGUACCAAAAGGGCCACAGUGGGCAGAGAAACGGCAGAAGAUUACCAACCAGCGCAGGGCUCUCAUGGGCAAAUUGAGAGACAACGAGGUGAAGAGGAUCAGGGAAGAAUGGACGCAUAAACAAGCGGUUGAGGACAUUGAGCGCCAGAUACAAGGGAACCCAGGAGAUUUCGAGCCUAGCGCCGCCCGAGUGUGUCCUCCCAUGAGUACAGCUCAGCAACAAAUGUUCGAGGCACUCCAGGCACCGCUUGUGAACGACCUCAGCGCCCAAUUCCAACGCAGGACUACUGCAGUACUUGCUGUUGCUACCUACUGUCGGGUAGAAGAGCCUCUGAACAUGAGCAAUCAGAUGUGGUGUAAACCGGCUGUGCGACGGCCCCCUCCGCCCCCGGAGAUCGACUCGGAGCUUAAUGCAUUGGAUCGGGCCCGCAAGCUCAGAAAUUCGGUCUUCGGCCAGGUCGGACAAGUGCGCAGAUGCUUCGUAUGCGUUUGGAAAGCACUUACUCUAUCCUCUUCAGACGAGAACUUGCCAUCUCUAACUCCCGAGUUCUAUAACAACAACUCUCUGACCAGGCAUUUCAUCAGAACCCAUCUAGAUCCGAUGGACGACGAUGCAGUUGCGGACUACCCAAUCUGUGUGCCUGUGGUGCGGCUGAACAGCAAAAUGCACUUGCGAAACCAUGCCGAGACUGCUCAUGGUUUGAGGUCAUACUUCUUGAAGUAA